UUUUAAAUUUUUUUGGCUAGAACCCUAAACCCAUAUCCUGGGCCGGGAAAGGAUUCAAUAGUAACAACCAGAAAAAAUAAAUAAAAGCACAAUUUAUUUUUUUUGGCUAAGAUGGAUAAAAAUCCACUGUCUCUUUUCGCAAAAAUGGGAGCUGUAGCGGUGGGAGGACUUGUUACUCUUUCUUUUACAUCAUCUCUUGUUAUAGGAGGCAUUCGAAAUGUUACAGAAGCGAAACGAAAAAAGACGGCACCACCUUGUUCGGUUUGCAAUGGUAGAGGAUUCAUGCAGUGCAAACUGUGCGGAGGAAGGGCAACGAUAGAUUGGUCACCUCUUUAUGACCCAGUUAUCUCCAAACUGUGUGUCUGCCCCACCUGUGAAGGUAACAGACUGUAUGCAUAUAUGCAUUUUAGUUGUGCAUGUUUUCAGCAUAGCCACUGGAGACGCGAGAACAUGAAUUUAGGGAUGGGGAAGGGGACAACGUUUCAGACAGGGAUUUUUCCUACAAACCAUAAUACCUAUUUUUUUAACAUGCUUUUUGCAUAGCCACAUGACGACAUGGGGAUAUGGAGAUGGGGAUGCCAUUUCAAAUCAGGGCAUGGGGUUAAUCAUUAAAUAAAUAACGGUACGACUAUAUUUUAUAUAAAUACAGUCACCAAAAGAUGAAGGUAUGGGGACCUCCUUACUGAAGUGUCUUGGUGAACAUGAGUUUUCUACUUUAGAUGAAGGACAUGGGAUUUUAGACAAUGAUAUGUGUUAUAAUUAGGGAAUUUAAAUGUUUCCUUAGUAUCGAAUAGUAAGUGAAUCUAAUUAGUUCGAAGUUCAAACAAUAAAAAUAUAAUGUUGUAGGAGAUUAUGAAGAAAGUAUUACUAUAAAACAUGUUUAUUUGGGUGAAUCUUACAAUUUUAUGUAACUUAUAUAGGACAGCAUAGUGAAUACUGAUCCGAAUUUUUGUUGAUUUGCAAAUCUAUAUUUUGACAAUUUUGCAAAAAAUGAGUCAAUUGGCAGAAAUGGCCCAUAAAAAAUGCCAUCUUUAUAGUACGAUGAAUGUUUUAUUGGAUAGGAUUACUGGAUUUUUUUCUAUUAAAUAUCAAGCAGUCUUACAUGAACCAGCAGCAUUCUGCAUACUAACAGUUGGAAUCCAUCAUAUAUAACAAGUUACAAAACUGAUCAAGCUGUUCACAGUCACAGGACAGCUUACAAAAUGAUCAUACUGAUAAGAACAUUCAGGAAGUAUAAGAUACUAUAAGUCUAUUAUGCUAGAUAAAGAGUCAGCUAUAGAUGAUAUCUCCUUCAGGUUGGAGGAUUACUGGAUUUUUAAAAUUUGGGGGUAAAAUUACUCAUUUUUAGAUUAAUUUUUUUUUUGUGAAGACAUGGUAGAAGCUUCUUUGAGGAAAAUCUUUAAUAACUUGUAUGCAGUUUAUCUAGAAAUGCUUCAACAUAACCUCUCUUGUUAAUGAUAUCAUUUUGUAACGGUUUUCCUUACAACUUGUAUCUCGGUGACUAUUUUCUGCUGUUUUUUUUGGCUCUGGGAGAAUGACAGGGGGUCUAAUGAGAUGAAUGCUUUGUUGGGCUGGGUUUACCAAUGUCUGAAGUUCUUUGCAAAAUUAAGAGAGCAUCUAAUGUUAAAAGAAAUUAUUGGUCAUUGAUUCUCCAUACAAAUUGAACCAGGUGACCGUUUUCUUACUCUAUGUACCACGAGCAUUUUGUUGAACAAGGUUCAAUAUCUUCUGAAUCGCAAAGCAAUGAAAUAAAAAUUUCACAUGUUAAUAGUAAUUGUUGGGCAGUUGUUUUCCCAACAAUGUAAUGGCUGCCUUUUUAGGUAGGGUUGAGCAGUUUCUGACCUGCAAAAGAUGAAAAGAAAACUUAUGUCAAAAGAAAUAUUAGGGCAAUGGUUUUUUCCCUACUAACAUUCUAUUUCCAUUGCAACUGAUGUGACAAAAUUACAAGUUUAUUUCAAUCACAUAAAUUUAAAACAGGAAAAAG